AUGGCGUGCUCGAAACUGUGGUCCUGCACCGAAACGGUGAUCAACGGUGGUCUGAAACUGUUCCUGUACAGCUCGAAGCAGACGAAGCUCCGCGUGGCGGUCGGAGACGUGCCCGGUCCGAUGGUCCACGGCUGCAUCUCUUUCGGUUGAAGACGUCGUCUGAACCUCCUCAAACGGACCACUUUAGUGACGGAAGCCGACAGCGACGACGGCCUGCCCCACACUUUGGAGCACUUAGUCUUCAUGGGCAGCACCAAAUAUCCGUUCAAAGGAGUUCUCGACGUCAUCGCCAAUCGAUGCCUCGCUUCUGGUUUUUUUUUCUAUUGACUAUAUUUGGAAAAAAAAUUUUUUUGUUUGACUAUUGCAGUUCCAAAGCCCGGAGAAUGUCUCUGGUUCGCUAAAAACGUCAAAAAACUUGAAAAAAAAAAUUUUUUUUUUGAGAAUUUUUCGGACUUAUAAGCAUACGAGUAACCCAUCAAUUUAACAAAAGUUACACGCUAAAGGCAUUUGAAAAAAAAUAUCUUGGGAUUCAGAUCGUUCUUCGACUUUUCUGAUUGACUCUCCAAUUUUCAAAAAAGUUCCUUUCAGGCACAAAUGCUUGGACAGAUCAAGAUCAUACGGCUUACACCCUCAGCACUGUGAGUUGGACUUCUACAACCUGCCUAAUAUGAACUUGUUUCAGGUCGGCAGCGAAGGCUUCUUCAAAGUUCUGCCCGUUUACAUCAGCCAUUUGCUGACGCCGAUGCUCACGGUUGUUCUGAAAAGAGUCAUGGAAUAUGUUCCAAACGGCUUUCAGCCCUCUCAAUUCGCGACGGAAGUCCAUCAUAUUGACGGGAAAGGCGACGACGCCGGAGUCGUCUACAGUGAGAUGCAGGACCACGAGAGCGAAAUGGAGUCGAUCAUGGAUCGGUUCAAAAAACCAUGCGUUUCGAGAACUUUUCGAAGUUCAGAAAGGCCAAGAAAUUGCUCUACCCACAAGGACAUCCCUACGCCGUCGACACCGGCGGCCGCUUGAAAAACCUUCGCGAAUCGUGUUCUCUUGAAAAAGUACUGGGAAAAAUGAUGCUUCAAAAAAAGCUAUAGGCUUUCAUUGAACGGAAAAAUAUAUAAUCUUUUCUUCUCGAUUUGUCUGUCUGGAGGAAGCGUUUGUCUAAAGGAAGCAACUCUGGAGACUCACGAUUUUUUAAAAAGUUCUGUAGCUAACACUCUAACUUUUCUAGAAAUUUCUAUGAGAGUGGACUUAUUUUUCGGACAUAAGUGGCUUAAAAUGACUGAUUAACCAACCAGAAACACAUUAGAAAAUUUAAUCAAACAGAUAUUAUUGAAAAUCUUCACAAGCCAUUGAAAAGUUGAAAGAAACGUGAAACAUUUAACAAGAAACAUUAAAAAGAUAGAGAAAAAUCUUUUGAAAAAUUAAUGCCUCUUUGGAAAAAAAUGCACAGUAAAUAAUAAAUUAAAAAGUUUGGUUGAAUAAAAUGACCUAGUGAUUUUUUUGAUCUUGAAAAAAAUCCAGAGAUCUUCUAAAUGGCUUUCUUUGAAGAUAAAUAAAGAUAAAAAAAUAAAACGGACAUUCCGGAGCUUUUUUUGAAACUCCAUUUUUUUCUCAUAAUCUUAAAAAAACUUCUCAGGUUCGAAAUUAUCAUCAAAAAAAUACUACCAUCUUUCAAAUAUGGUCGUGACGGUCGCCGGACGUGUGGACCAUGCCAGGUUGCUGGAGAUCCUCAGCGAGGUCGAACAGGUAUUUCGAUCCACCAUAAAGGUGUAUCUCUAUAGGUCGCACUUCCAGGAACACCUCGGUACGGUGCCCAGCGAGUUCCGCCGGCCGUUCUCGCUGACGCCUUCUCAAAUCAGCGAAAGCCACUCUGUGGAGGUCAAUUGCCCUUCGGACGACGCUUCUCGCGGAUCUGUCGAAAUUCAUUGGUACCUUCAGAAGUCUCUUGGAAUUCUGACUUUUCCGGCAGGUUCGCGCACUUGCCGACGGACUUGGACGCCCACACGGCCCUGCACAUCCUAUUCGACUAUUUCGCUGAAACUUCCGUGUCUCCACUUCAGAAAGGAUUUCGUCCUUCUCGACGAUCCUCUUGCCUCCAGUGCUCAUUUCCACGUCACUGAAGCGGUCAGCUUUUCGUUUUUCGAACGCGAAAACUCAAAUCAGAAGUGGCGAAGAGAACUUAUGAUUCGGUGGCUAGUUAUAAUCAGUACCCAAAAAAGUUUGGUAAACUCGAAUUUUUUGUGAAAAGGAAGAAAAGGAUGCAUAUUCCGAAUUCGAAAAUUGUAAGCCGAAAAUCUUGAUUUUAAACUUUCGGAACAAAAUAUACCGGUCAAAAGUCUACAAACGAAUGCUUUAAAACGCCUGAAAGGAAUAAUAUGAACAGAGAUCGAGUUCAGGAUAUUGAAGAAUAAAAAUGUCAUAUUUCAGGCUCCCUGUGUGGUUCAACUAGGCUUCACCGGAGUUCCCAUCGAAAAAUUGAAAGAAGUCGCUCCGAAGUUAGUCUCUUAGAAUAAUUCUUGGCUUGUAGUGUCUUUCUUCUCAGAUUCUUCGAUAAGACUUUGCGCGAACAUUUGGAAGAAUCGACUUGGGACAUUGAAAGGAUGGGAUUCCUAAUUGAUCAAACCAUUCUCGCGGAAUUCGUCAAGGUAUAAACAGUUGAAGGAAAUCAAUACUUGGUUAUUGCAGCUUGAAACGAACGCUCAUCAGCAAAUCUUCUCCCACGUCAUCGACCACCAGCUUUUCGAUGAGGAAGAUCCGAAUUUCCUCGCGAAACGGGCUAAUGAAGUCUGAGAAUUAUUCAGAAUUAAGAACGAGUUUCUGUGCAGGUGGAAUACCUGAAGAAGCUCAAGUCGGAGCCGGCUUCUUUCUGGGCGGGGCUUGUCAAGAAGUAUCUGACCGCGCCGCAGGUCACCGUCAUUGGGAUUCCUGAUGAAAAACUCGUUGAUAAGGUCUGAAACAGUGAUGUAAAUUUUUAAAAGUAGCAACUAUGAAAAACUUUCGAACCAACUGACUUUUCCAUAAUUCUUCUUUUUGGUCUUCUACAAAGUUGUCUGAAAAGUCAAUGGCUGAAGUUUUCAACAAUAUUUCUGUUGACAGAUUUCCAAAGAAGAGAAGGAUCGUGUGAAGACCCAGCGAGAAACUCUCGGUAAGGAGGGACUUGCCACGAAAGGAGCCGAAAUCGCCGAGGCUAUUCGACAGAACACUGUACGACGACUUGAAUAAGAAACUUCGGAAAAGAAUGACUUCAGGCGGAACAUCCCAGCGCGGAACUUCUCGACCAGCUCAUUGUGAGGAAUUUGGAGGCUUUUGAGCGUUUCCCGGUACAAAGCUUGAACAAAGGUGACUUUUUAAAAUUGGACUUGUCGUGCAAAAUAAGAGAAAUUUCAUACUAUCAGCCAAAAAACACAUAAUUCGUUGAAUCAGGAUCUUCUUCCUUGACCGCUCACCAAUCGGCGUUCUUGGAUCAGUUCCCCUUCCACGCCAAUCUUCACAACUGCCCAACGAAAUUUGUCGAGGUUUGACGGCGAUCAUCUCCCCGACCACGCUCUUCUGUAGAUGUUCUUCCUGCUUGAUUCGACGCCGUUGACUUUGGAACAACGAUCGCUUCUCUACAUCUACACGGACCUUCUUUUCGAGUCGCCUGCGGUCAUCGACGGCGUCCAACACUCGGCUGAAGACGUCGCCAAGCUCUUCACCAAGGUAUUUAUUGAGCGGGGGGAACAGUAUGUGAAAUAUCAAACAUCUCCGCUUCAAGAAUUUUGGCAUUCUACAAGAACGUCAGCAAGAUCGAGUUAAUAAAACCGUAGAAAGAGCGGAAAUUCGCUCAAAAACAGCGUGACUUUCAAAAAAGGAAAAAUUUCAAAAACCAAAGAUGUCAAGAUUUUUUGUCUCUAUUUUAUUUUUAAAAUGCUUCUCUUUUCCGGAAAUCGCACUUGUUUCAAUUCUAGAAUAAUGUUCAGUAACCAUUUUUUGAAGUCUAUUCCAAGUCGUUUGGCCUCGUAAAAGUGCGACCAGCUUCAGAAUCAUGCUUCGAUAAGCUUCAAAUUUUCCAGCAGUAGAACUGAAGUUAUUUUUUGAUACGGUUUUUGGUAGAUCGAAAAGUUUACAUUUGUUAUGUACUCUAUAAAAUCUGUAUUGAAGGACCUAAUCGAUCACUCGAUCGAAGUUGGCGUCUCUGGCUACUAUGACCGAUUUGUGAACUUGCGGAUUAAGGUAUCCAACGACUUUUUUUCGAAUCUCCAUGAAAAUUUUUCUAGGUUCAAGCCGAAAAAUACCCUAUCCUAGCGAAAUGGGCGCAGAUUUUCACUCAGGUUCGUGAAAUGAACCCAGCUUUUUUGAUUUCUUAUCACAGGGCAUCGUUUUCGAUGCUUCUCGAGUCAAAAUGUCGGCACAGAAAUUGGCAAGCGAUGCCCGCGAAAGAAAACGCGAUGGAAGUUCCGUGGCGUCGACGGCCAUCGCCACUCUGGUCUAUCAGCCAGGUUUCCGACCUGAAAGUUGAUAUUUUCACAGAAAUGAUUCUCAGACAGUAACGCAGCUCUUUAUGACGAAUUGGUCCUGGAAAAGAGGCAUGAAAGCCUUGCCAAGAUGGCGACCAAGGACCCCAAAGCUGUCAUCGCGAAACUAGAAGACGUGGAUGCAUUAUGAUGAUCCUUUUCUGAAUCUUCUGUCUUAGGUCCGCACAGCGUUGUUUUCAAACGGCGUCAACGCUCACGUCAUCUGCGAUUCGGAGUUGAUCGACGUCAAAGACUUGAAGUCGGACUUGUGGAAAUGGACCACAGAAGACAAACGUUUUGGAAAGGGGAGCGAGUUCAAGGUAAAUCUUGGCGGUUCUAAUGGGCCAAUCAGAGAUAAGCGACAAUUUUCUAUAAGAAAAAAUAUCUUACUUUUAGAAUAUAUAAAUAAAUUGCCAUUUUUUGCUUUUAUUAAUUUUUUCACUUCUUCAUUCUUGUUUCCAAACUGCUCCUAAAAAAACAAUUAGCUCAUAGAGGCAAAAGAAGUCCGAAGGAGCUCGUUUUUUUGAACUUUGAACUUAAUCGAAAUUUUUUUAGUUUUUUUAAAUGUGGAAAGUUGAAGUAUCACACGAAGGUGGAAAAAGACGCGAGAAAGACCUUUGUUAAAAACUUUAUCAACGUCCUUGUUGAGUUUUUUUUUUUUGCUUGAAUGGUGAUAAAAUGUAAUGGCUGAGAGAGUUUUCUGAAAGACGCAAAAGUGGUUCAAAAAAGUCUGGAAAAUAGGCCAAAAAAGGCAGAAAAGACACGGUUCCUUUUUGCAAACUCCAUUACUUUUUUUAGAAAGAAAAAAAAAUUUUUGUAGCAGUUUUAGUUUAUUUUUUUCGUUUAAGGAAGAAAGUCAGUUAGUUAAUCAUGCUUGAAUAAAAUACUACCACUUUUAAAACGUCGGAAUUUUUUAUAUCAACCAGUUGUCACCAUAUUUUUGAUUCUGAACAGUUUCCGGCCAACUUAUAAUUAUUUAAUUCAUUCACAAAAAUAAUUUCAUUUGUGAAAAUAAAAAAAAAACAAAAACAGGCUUCAUCCGGAGAAGACGUCGCGCCGCAGAUGGGUCGACAGCUCGUCAUCGGCGUCGGCGGCUCGGAGUCGUCGUUCAUCUACCAGACGACCGUGAUCGACGCCGACUGGAGCAAGGACGAACUCAUCCCCACUAUGAUCUUCGCCCAGUAUCUCAGCCAAUGCGAAGGUUAAUCUCAGCUCACUUCUUAAAAGUUCAAGCUUCUUUCUUGUAUUUUAUGUGCAAAAUGUUGACUCCAGAAAGGGAACGUUGGGUUCAUCAGAUCAUAUUUCUUUUCCUGGGAGUCGAAUAGGACGCAUGGAAUUGAUCAUAUUUUGAAUAGUAACUAUUUAACUCACCUCUAGUCUUCAAGGUCCUCUCUGGCGCGCAAUCCGAGGAGAUGGACUUGCCUACGGAGCUAACAUCUACGUGAAGCCGGACCGAAAACAAAUCACCCUGUCUCUGUACCGAUGCGCCCAACCGACCAACUCUUACGAGCGAACCAAGCAAAUCGUGGUGCGUUCGAAAAGAUAAAUUGAUUUGGAGUAUAGGCGGGAAGUUAUGAAGUGUUAGCUAAUAUUUCCAGAGCUUUAUAUAGCGUGUCUUUAUUUUGACUAGAAAGAGUUCUUGUUUCUGAUCAGAAAAGGGAUCUAAAGUAUUCCCGAGAGUUUUCCACUUCUAGGAAACCCAAAUUCAAUCCGAUGUUCCAAAACAAAAAGUGACGUUCGAAAAAUAAAAUGAAAUAGGUUACAAGUGGAUCCGCCAUGCUUGACCUUGGAAAUUCAAUUCGUGUAACGAGGCUGUUGACGGAAAAUGCAUCGCAAGACUUCUUGAAAACUGGAAAUCGUGUGAAACUCGAAUUUUCUAGAAAAAAAAUUUCAUAUUGAAAUUUGCAAGCUAUGAGACCGUCAUAACAGUAAAAAAAUUCAAAUAAUUUUUUUUGAACGUAACAGUUUCAAAAGUUAAAAAAAGUCAUUUAUUAUCUCCAAGAUAAUAUUUCUUGGCCAAUUUUUGGCGAUAAUUCCCAAAUUUAUAGUUUUUGGACUGUGAAAUUCACAGUGAAUGAUAAAAAAGAGGUGAAGUCGAAACGAGAAAAACGAGAAAAAAAUUUAGUUCGAAUUUCAGAUAUAUGGCGUUUAAUCACAUUCACUUUUCAUUUUUUCAAUUACCUAAAAUUCAGCUGACACGCUUUAUUGAAUAUCACUUUUGUUUCGAAUCAAUUCAUGAACAUAUGGUUAUAAAAACGUAAACGUGAAGGAAGGUCCAACAAAAUAAUUGGGAAUUUCAGACGGACGUUGCAUCUGGGGCCGACGUCUCCAUAGCGGAAUUCGAAGGAGCCAAAAGGUCGUUGGUCUUCGACAUGAUGAGACGCGAAGGAAAUGUCAGCAGCGCCGGAAAACUUUCCAUUUUGAACACUCUUCGCAAUACUCCGGAGCCCUUCAACACGUUUUCAUCUUUCAAUCUGGCCAUUUGAAUAAAAUUUAUUCCAGGCAAUUCUGCCAGAGGAUUUGGAACACGACCGUCGAGGAAAUGGUCAAGAUCGGCGGCGCCAACGUCCUCAAGCUUUUCGAGGUGGGUCGUUUGAAAUAUUGGAAAAAAAGCAGGGUUAAUACUUUCAAAAUGAAAAAAGCAGUGUUAUAUAUAUAUAUCAAUUUUGCAGGAGUACGUGCGAUCGAUUACUGUGCAUCCGUCGAAGGUGAAGGAAAUGAAAGAGGCCUUCCCAGGAAUCGAAGCGGCUUCUGUGGCUUCCCUUGCUUACCCCGUCAAAAAAGAUUGAACUUCUCCAUCUUUUCGCUUCUCCUUUCCUAUAACUUAUUAUUGUUCUUCACUUUUUCUGCUAGUUCUUUUCACCCUGUUUUAAUAGCGUCAUUUUUUUCCUAAUUUUUCUCUUUCUUCGAAAUGCUGCAUGGGUUUACGGUCCUUUUCAAAUUUCAUUUGCCUUUUCAAUUGUUGCUGUUAAAUAAAUUUUCUAUCCAUUUCCAUAUCGCACAAAAGAAAAGAGAGGUUCAAGUUUUUGUCCCAUUGUAUCCGAUUCUUUGUCCUUUUUUCUAUCGCUUCCCGUUAAAAUAAUAAGUGUUGUUGAGUCACAUUCAAAUGGAUAGUUUUAUUAUUGAAGCGUUUCCAAUCGUUGGAAAACACCAAUCACAUGAAAAAUGAAACUUUUGCAAACACUAAGUCAUAAACUACAAAUUGAAAAUAAUUUUGAUUUAGAAAAACCAGUUCUUCAUUCGUUUUUUCUUUUCCAAAACAACCAAUUCACCUUUUCUUUAUACACAUUUUUCAAAAGUUCGGAAGAUUUCAGGUUUUUUCCAAGAAGAAGCUGCCAAUCUACAAUCAGUCGGAAAAUUAUUGCUCAGGUACAUUUUUUUCGAAGAAAGAAUAAAGACCAAAGUUUACUCCAAUCACAUUUCGGUUUUUAGCCGCUGUAGGUAAAGGUUUUGGUCAAAUGAAUGCGAAAAUGGAACCUGUUUUCAGUUUUUAACCUAAACUUACUGGGCGUAUAAGAUAAGAAAGUUCAAAAGUUUCCUCAUCCAUCUCUAGAACUUGAAUGGGUUUCAAGUUCAAAUAGAUCACCACGAAAAGAAAGAAUAGUAGCUCUGACAUUUCAGAAAAGAUGAGAUAAGUUUAAAAAAAUAUCUUUCGUCGUGAGAACUGUUGACAGCCUUCUCUGUAAGUCUUUUGCACCACUUUUUAAGAAGUAAUGCAGAUUUUUCAAUGAAAGAAGUUUUCAGAACAGAAAAACCUAAUAAAUUAAUGAAAAAAACUCGUUUUUCAAACCGCGUUUUUGAGUGGAUCUUACUGAUUUUUUUCCUACACUUAGAAGUUUAUUUUUUUAUUUUUUUCGACCAAGGUUUUUCGAGCAACCUGUAAGAAGGAAAGUUACAUUCAAAAAAAGUUCGUUUUUUUUUUGACAAUUAAAAGAAAGAAAAAGAAAAAAACCGAAAUUUCAUCAACGUUCUCAAUUUACACAUAGUUUUUGUCAUUAAAAAGCCGAAUUUCAGUUUUGUUUUUCCAGCGGUUCUUCAAUUAAAUGUUUUAAACUUCAGUUGCAAAAGUUUCUCAGAAAAAAACAAACUGAAAUUUUUCUCCAUUGUUCUUAGCAAGUAUACUACAAAUUUUCAGCAUUACUUCUUUGCUAGCGGUUCGAAAAAGUGUAGGAAAAGUUUCUGAACGUCCUAUACCGAACAUUUUCACGUCAGUUCACAAAUUAAAAAAACUGAACAAUCUUCUGACUGUUUCCUAACAAGUAUUACAACAAAGUUUGCAAGGGUGAAUCGGACCACCUGAUUUGAUUAUAAAUUUCUGACUUUUUCGACCUGUCAAAGAAUGACCCGUGCGAUUCUUCGGAAUGGUGGCGCCGCCUUCGACUUGGGCUCCGCCCCUUUUCUUGCCUCGAAACAGCUCCCCUUUCUCGUCAUUUUUGAGUUCCUCCGGACUCGACGUCCAUGGACUUCAGGAACUUCUUCCAUUUGGUCCUGCUGAUUCAUUUCGUUGGAUCAAAGUCUAUAUGGAGUCCUGAAAGGUUCGUCGGAAAUUCUCUUGUUAACAUACACCGAAAGUUCAUUUUCAAAAGCUCUUCUCCCGAGUUUUCCCAGAAUGAAGCCAGCACUAUUAUACGAAGUUAGAAAUUACGUUUAUUUUCGUUUAAAAUACCUCCCUGGGGAUGAAAAUUUUUUAUUUCAUUUUUUGAAGUUUCUUCAAGUCAGUCUUUCCGUCGAGACUUAUUGAAUUCUUUAAUCUCUCUUGUACUCGUGUUAAUCCGUAGCCCGCAAGUAAACAUCUCAGAGAAGCCUAAAUUUAUCACCAAUUUUUUUGAGCUAAAAAGAAGAUUUUUUUUCAAGUCUUUUUCCCAACGGAGAAUAUUCAGACACUAUGUUUGUACCAACGUGGGGCUAUUUUCGAUCUUCCGGCUUCUUUUUUGUUUAUAACUGAAGAAGACAUAGAAUCUAAUCCCUGUGCCAUUUCUUUGACUUUGUCCAUCUUGAUAUUUUUCUAUUUUUUUAAAGAGAUUCUAUUCUCAAGCCGCCCUGAGUUAUUUUUUAUAAAACGCUCGGUAUUUCAUGCAACAAGAAAAAAUGUUUAAAUGCCGAACUUAAAAAGAGAACUAAAAAAAUGGUGAGCUUCAAAAAAUCACUUAUUAGAACAAUCAGGAAAAAAAUUUGAGGAAAAAAAACUUUGAAAGUCGUAACCCACCGUUAAAUUUGAGCUUCAAGUCUAAUUGCAAGUUAGAGGGGAAAAAAGUAAAUCAACAACGAAAACUAGGAGCUUUUUUUUCCUUUUUUCUGAAAAAGUAAAUGUUUAUUUUUUCAAGUUGCGAUAGCCCUUUUUUCUAUUUUUUAGUUAUUUCAAAAAAAGGAGCAAAAAUCGAACGCGGAAAACCGGCUCAUGCCAACCUGCUCUUUUUUGCGCUUGACUAAAAUUGAUCUAAUCAUAAGAUACGUAAUUCUGCGAAUAAAUGACUCCAUUCAAGACGAAAAACAAUUUUGUAGAGGUCAUUUCGUGAAGUAAUGAUGAAAAAGCCGAUAUUCGAUGAUGAAAAUUGCAGGGAAGAAUGUCCGAGUGCAUGGAAAUGCCUGUGGCUGACGUUCAACAACGCCGUCAACGUGACGGUGUACGAGUCGCGGCGUUCCGGGCUUCGCGUCGCCGUGGCUGACGUCGACGGACCCAUCGUCCAUGGCUACAUGUCCUUCGGUAACUCGAGAAAAAAAAGUUGAGAAAAAAAAAACCAGUUCCGCGCGCAGCUGACCCGACCAGAUCUAUCAAGUUGCCCGUUUCCUCUUUCACAAUCAGCCUUUUUUUCUCCAAACCCGUACCGCGUCAGUCAAAAAAGUUGCAAGUUUCGAACAGUGACUGAUAAGGAACACUUUUUUGACCAAAUCAAAUUCUUUUGGAUAGCGACUUUAAUGAGAUACAAGCUGAUUGAAAUCAAACUUCUUCUCUUUGUAGUGCUCCUACUUUUCUCCAUCAUUUUUACGUUUUGGAACCAAAAAGAGCAAAUAUUGACGAAAAUGAGAGCCAAAUCUUUGUCAAGCGAUAAAAAAUUGGAGUACGGAAUAACACUCUUUUCGUCAUUAUAGAAAACGUUUUAUUCGAAAAGUUCGAAUAUUGCCGAAACUAGACUGUUUGUGGAAUAAAAAAGAAGCGAUUUUUUUUUCAAAAGAGAAAGGAAAGUUCAAUAAUUCUGUGUUCUCCAGUGACGGAAGCGGAUUCUGAUGACGGCCUGCCGCACACUCUGGAGCACCUCAUCUUCAAAGGAAGCUCCAAAUUUCCCUUCAACGAAGUGCUCGACGUCAUCGCGCGACAGUGUCUUUCUGAAAGUGAGAAUAUUGAACUUGUGAUUUUUAAAAGAUUUUUUUCCAGCCGUCAAUGCUCUGACCGCUGAGGACUUCACCAUGUACAUGGUGAACACGGUAAUUCUUUUUGAAGGUUUCAAAAGAAUCUCUCCAAGUUUCAGUUGGGAAGCGAAGGAUUCUUCAAGGUCCUUCCCGUUUACGUCGACCACUUGCUCAAUCCAUUGCUUACGGUAUGUUGAUUCAGAAAUUGUAGGGUUUUCCAGAAAAGAGAGAAUAUCGAACUUCGAAGCUUCAAGGGGAGAGUUAACAUCUCAUUUGCUUCCUGAAUCAUUUUCUGAAAAAAAAAAAUGAAUGGAGUCUCUUCUUGUUUUUAUGUGAAACAAUCCCUGUUUCUUUAUUCUCCAAGACUUGUGAAGUGCUGGUCGCAUUUGGAAUGGAUUUAAUCGCUGCUUUCGAAAAUUUAGAAAAAUGUGUGAAAGUUGCUUUGAAGUCGGAUCGAGUCGCAUCCAUCUUACUUUGAGCCAUUCCCAGUGCGGACAUGGCGUUUGAUGUAGACCUACCAUAUUUGGAUUCAAAAUCUUGACCGAGCAAUUUUUUCAGACACCUUUUUUUCAGGACGAUCACUUCACGACGGAGGUCCAUCACAUCAACGGAGUUGGAGACGACGCCGGCGUCGUCUACAGCGAAAUGCAGAGCUACGGAACGGAAAAGUCCAAGAUUAUGUUCAAGUCGGACAUUCUCCUCACCAUGCUCUCGAUCUCCAAAAUAUUUCAGUGGGGCCGGAUCAGUUCUCUACCCAGAAGGGUAUCCCUACCGUGUCGACACCGGUGGCGCCUUGCCAAAUCUUCGCAACUCCACCAACAUGGCCAAAGUAUUUCAAAUAAGAGCUGACCUUUUUUCAAAAAAGGAUACUGUAGAUCCGAAGUUAUCACGAAAAGAACUAUCAUACGGCGAAUCUGCUGGUCACUGUAGUUGGACGUGUGAAUCACUCGAAGCUUUUGGACAUCAUGGAAGAAGUGGAAAAGGUUAGUGUGGAACAUUGCCUAAACGGUUUAGGCUAAACCAACUAAAGUCACAAGGAGGAUGAAGAAUCUAUUUUUCCGGGUUUUGAUGAACCUUUAUUAACAUUCCAUGACUGUUUUUUGGGAAAGGUUAUUUUCAAAAAAAAAAAAUUUAACAUAUUUUACUUAAUAAUGUGGAUGUACAGGUUAAAAUUUUCAUUUUGUUUCAACCUUUCGAAACAGAAAAAAGUAUCGCUCAAUAGAAAGUCUACAGCACGCAAGAAAACUCUAAAAAUUAUAUCUUGACCAAUUUAAAAACAAAAAAAAAAGGAAUAGAUCAUCGGAGCUACUUCCAUCUUACUUCCAAAAAUAAACUCAUACGUAAAUAAUAAGGGGUUUGAGUAAUUUGAGACUCUUAGAAUCAUUAUCUAUCACUACAAAUAUUCUUUUCGAAAUUUCAUGGAGUUUGGAAACACUCACAAAGUCAAAUUUUCAGGAAAAUAUGGGCUCUGUCCCGAAAAACUUCCCAACUCCGCUAUCCACGAUCGCUGUCCCUGAAAUCGUGAAGACACAGGUCACAAAGGUGGCUUUCCCUUCGGAUGACGUCACAACGGGAUCGGUCAACGUUCACUGGUGUGAAAAGAGACAUUCAUGAGAAUACGGGUUUCUCAGGGUGGCUGAGUCGCCGACGGAAGUCGCUACCUGGACCGCGCUGGAGCUUCUGUCGACCUACCUGUGCAACUCGUCCGUCUCGCCGCUCCAACGCGACUUUGUCCUCCAGGACGAGCCGCUCGCCAGCGAAGUCAAAUACAGUGUCCAAAAUGCCGUCAGUUUUGCUUUUUUUUUUCCGUUUUCAAGGGCAGAUUCAGGCCAAGAAAAGCAUGCUGGUGUUCGAGUUCAACGGCGUUCCUUUCGACGGGCUUGAAGUCGUCGAGACCAGGUCUUUUUUCGUUGAAUUUUAAGUUCCAACUUUAAAAUGAUUGAAAAACGCUUUCGUCUCAUUUUAAAUUUACUGUAAAUUUCUUCAAAUUUGGCGUCUUUUAUUGAGGUAAGUAGAAUGGGGCAAUGCUCAGGGGCUUUUUCCACGUUAAUUUUUAAUACCCCAUUAAUGGAAAACUCGAAUCUAUCAGCCACAUGCUGUGCAGCUUUUUAGAUCAACAUCUCGAUUUUGAUGAUCUUCAGGGGCAUUCUUCAAUUUGCUACCUUAAUAGGAUAGUGCAACGCACAGGGUCGAUUUCACAUUAAUUUUUCACGAUCCCAGUAAUGUGUCUCUCGCUCGCUCGGGCCGCCAGGUGGCCCCUCCCUCUGAAUCUUAAGGCCUUUAGGCUAAGGCCUUUAGUCUAACGCUUUUCCUUCAAACUAAGCCUGACGCUUGCUAAGCCUAACAUAUUUUAAGAAAAUUUUGCUCAGGAAAUAUUUAAUAACCUUUUUUUCUGCAUUACAUCUUGAUAAAUUCUAAAAUGAAGCAAAACAAAAAAGUCCGGCUUCAGUAUGAGCAAGGCUCUAAUAUGAGGAUCUAAUAUAAAGCGUUAGGCUUAACGCCUUAGGCUCAAGGGGAGACCACCUGGCGCGCCGAUCGAGCGAGACGCACACUAAUGGAGUCGUUAAAAUUAAUGUGAAAUCGCCCCUGUGCGUUGUACCAUCAUAUUAACAAGAAAAGUGUUUUUUGUGGCCGGCUGAACUUUUGAUGAAACUUUGCUGAAAUUUACUUACAGGCAUGCAGGUUGCAGUGACUCUGACGGCAUUCAGCAAAUUAGUGAUUUUUGCAUUUUGCUCUGAGAUUUCUGGCAAUCUGCAUAAUUUUUUGAGUUGAUUCUGUACAGGCAGAAUGCGAAUACAUGCUAGUUUCAAACUUUGAGCCGUUUCCUCCUGAGAAACUGAAAAGUUAUGUAAUUAGAACCAUUUAAAAUCUUGAUCUAGCAAGUAACGGAAAGUAAUUCUGAGAAAAUUAUUUAAAUAUUCAGUGAAAUUACUUCCUCGUCGGUUUUUUUUCUAAUUAUUUGUGAUAUUCACAGUUUCGAGAGGUUCAUUUAGAGAAAAUUGAUUCUGAAAAGACUUUAUUUAUUUUGAGACUCUUCGAGGAGACCCUUUCGGAACUGCUGAGAGAGGAGAACUGGGACAUGUCUAGGUUGGAGUCUCUCAUCGAGCAGGCCAUUCGCAACGAGCUUCUCGAGGUUUCCUCCUCAUUUUCGAAUGGGAAAGAAUGAAAAUCCAGGAAGAACUGGACGUGCACGAAAAGCUGUCUCUGCUGCUUGUUCAUCACCAGGUUUAUGACUCGAGAAACCCGAAAACUCUGUCCCAAAGAUUGAACAAGGUAAUCUUCAGAUUUGUCUCAAUCAUCAAGGACUUUUCCUUCAGAUUGAGCAGUUGAACUUGUUGAAAAGCCGGUCGACGUCGUUCUGGACAAAUCUCGUCAAGAAAUAUUUGGUUCAGCCACAUCUCACCGUCGUGGGCGAGCCAAGUUCUACUCUCAUCGACGAGGUUUUUAUAAGUUCUACGUCGACUCGAAAUACACAAAAAAAAUGAAUAAAAGUCGCAUCAACUGAGUCCGGAACAAUAUUUGGUGCAUACACUUAUCAGGUUCUCGGAUCCUAAUGAAACUUUUGGGAAUGUUUUAUUGUUAAUCAUAACUUUUUUCAUUUUCAAAGCUCUUCAAAAAACUGAAGAGUUUUAAAAUAUGUGGGAACACAUGAAGAAAUAUACUAAAAGAUUCUCGUCUAUCCGGGGAAUCUCGAAUUGUAGUGUAAACCUUUACAAAUGUCAUGCCUCUAUUACUCAAGUCUCAGUUCCUGUUACAAUUUUCUCGGUCGAGAUGGAUCGACUUGAUUUUAUAGGCCUUUUCUAAUAAACUUUUUAAACAAAAAAAUUUGCUUUUUUUUAUUUUUGAAAAGUUUUUGGCAAACAAGGAAAAUAUAGUGCUCUGAAUAUCCAUUUUCAGAACGCCAUGAAAGGAGGAAGAACGACUUUUUGCACAGAGAAAGGCUCUAGGAGCGGCUGGAAUGGCUAGAAAAGGAAGAGAACUCGAAAAAGCCGUUGCCAACAACACGGUAGCCUCCGGCAAAGAAUCUUUCUUAUGGUUCUGAUUUCUAGAGGCUCAAGCCGACCUCACAAGUCCUGGAACCUCCUCAGAGUCAACAAUUUGAGUUCUUUCGAGAGGUACAACGUGAGGACCUUCACCAAAGGUAACUCACAUGUUCUUUUCCGUCGUAGGAGCAUUUUUAGACUCUUCGAGCUUGUCGGAUCAGCAACAGACGUUCCUGAAUCAAUUCCCAUUCCAAGCCUAUCUUCAUGAGACUCGAAGCAAAUUCGUCGAGGUGACGUUUGGGAUUUCUUUUGUUCUUUAUAUUUCAAUAUUUUUGAAAAAAAUUUUGUACUCGUUUUUCUUCUUCCUCGAAAAAAAAAACAGUCUUCUACUUUAGUUCACCUCCGGUCUACUCAUGUUCACUAACAUACCGAAAUUUAUUAAAAUUCUCGGGUACCAUAUAAUCAAUGCUGAGUUCUUAUAUCUAUAUGGCUCGUUGCUUUUCUUAUUAAAACUCGAACAAAAACAGGCUUUUGGUGACCAUAUUGCCACUGUAAUGGAAUGUGCGCUCCAUCGGACAACAAAAGUCGAUGACGUACUGGGAUAAGUUUUAGGGGGCCCUAUAGGGGGUAAAUUAGGGCCCCUUGGAGGGGGCCCUAUAGGGGUCCCUAAAUGAAACCCUAUAGGGACCCCUACGAAUUUUUUUAGGGGUCCCUUUAGGGGGGGGCACGGAAAAUUUCUGAAAUAGCUCCGGUAGGAAAUAGAGAAACCCUUAUUGAAUGCGAAUCGUUAACACAUCCACAGUAAACUCAUCUCAUCGCGUUUGAAACUGUUUCCAAAUUUAUUGAAACGAAUCGAAAAACAUUAAAAAGCAAUCAGGAUCAGGAUCAGGAACUGAAGAUAUGUAUACGUAACAGGGUAUUCGAGGAAGCAAAAAAACUUUUGGCCGUAAAAGACCCAUAUAAAUAUUUGACACGUCUAAAUCACUGCUAACGGAAACCGUAUUGAUCAAUCUAAUAGAAGCUCUUCAAGACAAUAAAGAUACGCCUAAAGCAUAUUGAUAUAAGCGCUACUUGCGAAAAAAAUAGAAGAAAAAAACGCGUUGUGUCAAGGCAAAUGGUUGGGCAACUUUCAAUAAAAAAACGUUGGGACUUCCGACACGGAAACGGUUGAAACUACUUAGAUAAGGGGCAAAAAAAGUUUGGCACAUAUAAAAAGAACAAUUGAACAGUGAGCAAAAAAACAACCAACGUUGACAUUUUGAAAGCAACUUAUUGAAUUGCUCGGCCCGCGGUAAUCUUCCGUUGAUUCUGGUUCAUGUGGCGGCUCAAAAAUUUCCGUCGGCUGAUUCCGUGCUUCUACGAUCAUUUAUAAUUAUCAACAUUUUCGAUAUACCUUUCAGAAUCUUCAUCGCUGCUGUAGAACAAAUGCGCAUCAAUAAAAUCGCGACUCCGCGGCAUCUUAAUAAAAAAAUUAAGUCUUCUUUAACGAGCAAUAAUCAAAUAGAAUAUAUAAACACGCAUUUACAUCAAAAAAACCUCCAACAAACAUCAUCUACCGGUGAAUUUCUAACGGUUUCACACAAUCCAGUAGACCAAUUAUACAUAGACGAAACUCUGAAAAUACCAAAAUAAAAAUACUCUGAACAUAUUUACACAAACCAAUAUAUCAAUUGUACAUAAACGAAACACUGAAAAUACUGAACCAAUGUACAGAUUGCCGUGUUAACUUUUAUGAAGCACAAAAAGCACAAAUCAUUAUAAUACAAUUUGAAACCAUAACGAAAAAAAUCCUACUGACAACUCGUUCGUGAAUAACGUAUUACUUCCUUAAGCACCACAGAAAUUGAUGAAAUAUAAAUACAAGUUAUAAAGUUAAACUAAAAACUGAGUCGACUGAGUCAACUCAAAAACUUAGAAAAAUGAGAAAGAUAUUUAAAAAAACCACGUUCGUUUCAAGGGGUCUUCGCGACCCCUUGAGGGUCUUGCAAUUUUUAGGGAGCGAUUUAGGACCCCCUAUAGGGGGCCCUAGGGAUUUCCCCUAAAAAGGCCACUUGCAGACCCCCUAUAGGGCCCCCUAAAAUCGCGACCCCCUAUAGGGCCCCCUAAAACUUAUCCCAGUAAAUGGUUGCCAAAACCGGUUUCUCAUCGGCAUUGUGAAGGAAUAUGCCGUAAAUGGUAACUCAAAUUUGUUUGUUUUUCGGAGUUCAAUAUAGUGAAUUCCACGCGAACUUAAAAGAAUAGGAAUAAUCACAAUAAUGAUUUAUUUCAAUAAAAAGGAACGUACGCGUAAUUCAUUGCUGUCGAACGAGUCGAGCAGCCUUCUAAAGCUCGUCGGCGAAAUGUUGGAUCCCACACUGGAAUGACCGAACUAAAGAAGUUCGAAAAAUGGAAAACCCUUCUGAACCGAAGACGGUUAAAGAAGAAUGAAAACUAGUGUUUAUUCUAAUGAAAAAAUGUUGAAUUGGAGGAAGUCGUCUGGGAGUCUUCUCUUUCUUGGAUACUCAAAAAGAUUUGAACUUAGCGAAAGGCGUUUAAUGAAGAAGGAUUUCUCAUUUGUUUUUUCUUCUUCUUCGCAAUCUUUUUAUUCAACUAGUUGGUUAGGUUAUUUUCAAUGGUAAUUGCCGAUUUUUGCUUGAAUUAUUCCAUUUGUUUUUGGGCUGAGAAUUGUAUACUUAUUUCUAAAAAUAAAAAUGUUUAUUUAACGGCUCGAUGAUCCGCUAACUCUAAGCAACAAACCAGUUAGGAUGAUAAAAUCAAGAUUUGAAAAAUGGGGUCAUUGAAAAGCAGAGACAAGUUCGAUAUGGACUCACACUUGUGCACAAAACUUGUGCGCCAAAUUCAGAAGAAAAACUGAAGAUAAAAGUUUUUUUUCAGGCGUUUUUCCUGUUUGAUUCCUCCGAGUUGACACUCGAGCAGCGUGCGCGGAUGGUCGUUUUUAUGGACUUGAUUUUCGAAUCUCCCGCUGUCGUUGAUGACGUCAUCGUGGCCGCUGAUGACGUCACUAAGCUUUACACCAAAGGUUUGUUACUUUUGAACCGUUCUGAAUUUUCUCAAAUGAAGUACAAUCUCCUGAAAGAAAAAAAGGGUUGAAUUGAUAGUCUGGCAUGUCAAUGACAUAUUAUUUCCUUACCAUUCUCACUGGCAGUGAGGGAAAAAGAGAGUUUUUUAGAGAGAAGAGAGAAAAAAGACUUUUUCAAAGCAUGAGAACUUUCAGGAACUCAUUGAACAAUCUAUGGAUUACGGAGUUGCUGAAAACUACCCCAACUUCAUAACAUUGAAAAUGAAGGUCUCAUCAAAGUUUCCGUAAAUCUCUAAUUCGAACUUCUAGGUGGAAGCGGAGAAGUUUGAGUUGGUCGCGAAAUGGAGCAAGAUUUUCACGCAGGUUUUAGGAAGCUUUAUUUUUUCGAAGCAAAUAGAAAUUCAAAUUUCAAGGGAGUUAUCCUCGACCCGCAACGUAUCCGCACCGCUGCGCAGCGACUGGCCAGCGAGGCCAGAGACGCCAAAUCGGAGCCUUCCACAGUGACCAACGUCGCCCUCGCCUCUAUCCUCUACAAAAACAGUACCGAAAUCGUCUUUUUCGGGAUGGUACUGAGAAAUUCAGACUCGAACGAGGCAGUACAAGAUCCAGUCCUGGAAAGAGUUUUCGAGGCCCUCGCAGAAGAAGCCAAAAACGACCCGCCGACGGCCGUGGUCAAGUUCGGAGAGGUCAGUUCGAACUUAUCUUUUCUAGAGAGAAAGAAGUCUAUUCAGAUGCGCCGCAGCCUGUUUUCCAACGGAAUCAACGCUCAUUUCGUUCUGAACCCAGAAAGGAUCAACAAGAACCAGAUGUCAAAGAAGCUGUGGAAGUGGAACGACUUCGGAAAGAUCAAAGAGUUCAAGGUUUCCAUAUUUGGAGAAAAUAAAACGACGGCGAUAGAGUCGACCCAAACCGAUUUGCGCUCGGAGACAGGGCAGAACUGGAAAAAAGUGUAUUUUUUCCAGUCAGCUCGAACGCUUCGAACCAUUCCAAGUGCGGCCCUCGCUUCUCAUGCCUUUCAAUAUAAAAGAAAUUUUAAAAAGUUGAUCGCUGUGGAAAAAUGUGUGAAGAGCUCUGGGUGAUUUCGGAAAAAAAAAUAUAUAACUUGAUAGCCAAAAAAUGCGACUUGUGAAGUAUGAGAAGAACAAAAAAAAAAAAUCGUUUCCAUGUGAAAUUUCUUUUACAGGGUGAUGCAGCAGCAGAUCUGGAGCCUCAGCUCGGACGUCAGCUUCUGGUCGGCGUCGGAGGCUCAGAAUCAUCCUACAUUUAUCAGUCGACGACGCUCGGAGUCCACUUCACUCAUGACGACGUCGUGCCGGUCACUCUUCUUGCCAAUUAUUUCAGCCAAGGUUCGACUUUUGGCUGUGUAGUCCUUUUUGCCGUUUUGAAAGGCGAUAUGCGCAGAUGGUCCGGAACUUCAAAGUUGAACGGAGUCCUGGAAAAAUGAAGAGAAGAAGUUUUUUUUAAUAGGCUUCUGAUUUCAGGCCCUCUUUGGCAAGCGAUUCGAGGCCGCGGCUUGGCAUACAACGCCGAGAUCGAGGUCAACGCCGACAACGGCCUCGUGACGCUGUCCCUUGGAGAAUGUGCUCAGCCCGUUGAGGCCUACGAGGAGACCAGAAGGAUCGUGGUGGGUUUAAGAAAUAGAGCUCGUGAAAAUGGAUAUUUCAUAUCGAAUUGAUUCGAUGAAAAUCUUAAACGUUGAACAUACGUAGGCGGCGACCAGUCUUUCCAUUUUUGCACCAUCAUAAGGCGCAUGUCAUAUGACGUCAUAGCGGUCAAACUAUAAACAACUCGGCGCACCCUUUACAUUUACAAAGUACUUUUACAAUAAUGCAAACGACGUUUUUUUCUUUAAAUUAUCCUAUCAAACAAAUUGUUUUAUGAAAAAAACAUUUGUUGGAAAAGAUUGGAAAAAAAAACUUUGUUUUGAAAAAAAUAUAUUUGUAUUGAAAACUGGAAAAGUUUUUCUUCAUAGAUGGAGCUCCUGAACAACAAAAAUAUCUCUUCGGAUGCGUUUGAAGGCGUGAAACGAUCGAUGGUGUUCAAGUUGGUCAACCACGAGAACACCAUCAGCCAGGCCGGAAAAGUCGGCGUCGUCAACGUCUUGCGUGGCUCUCCGACUCCCUUCACUGCGUCAGUUUCCGUUUCAUUUUGAAUUGGAGACAGAAGAUCCUCACGGGAAACAAGGAACAUUUUCAGAAAACGCCUGAAACACGUCUGGAGCAUGACCAAAGAAGAAAUGAUGUCCCGAGGAGCACCUGUGAUCAGAAAACUUUUCACGGUUAGUGCAUAAGAUUUCGGAAAAUUUCUUUAUACAUGAAUGUAGAAAUGUUCUCCGUAGUUUGAUUUCUUUUUCUGUCAUCAUCCAAACUCGAAACUACUCCAAGGCAACAGAUUUUGAAUUCAGAACUUCGUUCGUGCCAUUUCGGCUAAUCCUGCAAAGUUGGAAGAGUUGAAGACGGCCUUCCCCGGGAUCGAAGUGAUUUCCACCGAAUCGCUUACUCUCAAGCCUUUUUAG